UAAGGAAUGAGACUAAUAGUACAGUGACACACUGAUUGUAUUGUUUUGGAGGGUACACAUAUAUAGUGCAUAAAGUAAUAAUUUAGAUUACUUUUUAAUUUAUAUAUUAUGAGAUACUGUAGUGUAGACAUGAUUCAUCUACAUGAUUUGUCUCUGUCCACAUGCAGUGACGUCCUAAAAAAAAUAUAAAAAAAGUAGGCUACAAAAAAUUCAUGGGCAUUUCAUGUAAUUCCUUAAUAAUCCUCUUUCAUGAUAUGAUGCAUUAUGCAAUGCUGCAAUUUACUUACAAACUGAAUACAUUUCCCCUGCAUUAUAUCAUUGUUAGCAUAAAAUUGACACAUUAUAAAUUGCAAUUUUUUUACAGACAAUAGAUCUAAUUUGUUAUCAGAUCUUUAAAAGCCAGUAGUGCAGUCUACCAAUAGCACCAGAGAACCCAGUAGUAAGAGCACAUACUACUAAAUAACAACGCAGUGACCUCCAGCGAUAAAACUGCUGCUGGUGUGAACGCCGCUUUGCACAAAACUUAAACAACAUAAACGUUUAAUUAUAGGUUAUUUUUGAAAAACUGUCUUAGUCCAUUUAGCAGCUUUCUCUUACUGCGGCAGAAAGAGUGACAGAAGACGUGUUUCUUUGUAGCAGUCUUAUAUGCAAUUUCCUCCGUUGCUACUUAUCAAAAAUGAAUCACACCAGUGCAGCCAUAGAUAAUUGCCUGCCACAUGUAAUAAGAAUUGAUUUCCAGCUGCACAUUGGGGGUUUUUUUUAUGGCGAAAAAAAGUAUUUAUUAUUUUCAUCACCUCUCCUUGCAUUUUUCCUUGCAUGACAUUCCCUCUACUCUGUGUUCUGACUGAAUGACCUUCAAGUGAGGAGUCCAGCGGUACAGUGAUUACUGAUCACAUGGUGAAACAUCCAGUCACUCACAACGGGAAGGUGUGGGGGUUCUUUUAUAGGACAUUGAAAAGCUUUUAGGCUUGUGCUGGGUUACCAAGGAGAUGUUAUUUGAAAAAGAAAGAGGCAGUUUUAUAGUAGUUUUUGCUUGUUUUUUACAGCAAUUCUCUUUUCUUUCCCUUUUCUUCAGCAGCUUGAGGAAAUCUCUUCAGAACAUCAGCAUAGCGCACCAGUGAAAGGCAGCCUUGCGGAGCCAAUGCGGAGAAAUUAUCUGCUGUCAGGUCCUGCGCCGGGCUGAUAGGGAAACGCAGCACAUCGAGGGCCACUGCAAGGUGAGAGGGACGGCCGCAGGGGGAAGGGACCGAAGAUGCCAUCCUCCACCAUGCAAAUGUUUGCCUUCAUUCUGGCUGUACUGGGAGUCGUGAGUGCCACGGUGGCCACACUGCUUCCCAACUGGAAGGUGAGCGCAGAUGUGGGCUCCAACAUCAUGACUGCCAUCUCGCAGAUGCAGGGGCUGUGGAUGGACUGCACCUGGUACAGCACCGGAGUCUUCAGCUGCUCGCUUAAGUCCUCGGUGCUGGCGUUGCCGGCUUAUCUCCAGACUGCACGCACCACUAUGGUGCUUUCCUGCAUGAUGGCGACAAUGGGACUCUGUCUGGCCGCCCUAGGGCUGAAAUGUACUCGCUGGGGUGGCAGCUAUCGCUCUAAGGGACAUACAGCGAUUUCCGCAGGGGCUUGCUUCGUCAUAGCAGGGGUCCUGUGUCUGGUGCCCGCAUCCUGGUUCACCAAUGAGGUCAUCACUACGUUUAUGGACUCCAAAGUGCCCAAAAGCAGCAAGUACGAACCAGGUACGGCGGUGUAUGUGGCAUUUGUGUCGGCAGGAUUCCUUUUAGCCGCAGGCGUGAUAUUUUGCUUAUCAUGCACUGGAAGAAGAGGCGGUCCAUUGGAUUUGGGCUCGUCCCACCCCGACAAGCCAAAACAGCAGAAGCUGCGCCAGGAGCAGCCGACCCGCAACCAACAGAAACAGCAGCACCGCGAACAGCACAGUCAGACCGAACCACUGGAACAAGAGCAGUCACAUCGAGAGAAACUACACCAGGAAAAGCUACAAGCGGACGAUCGUCAGCAAGAGAAGUCGGUGCUGGACAGGUUAAACCUGGAGAAGGACAAGCAAUACCACUCUCCAUCCAGAACCCGAAAUCAAGACGCCAAGGCUGUCUAUUGUCUGCACGACUACGUGUAAACAGCAAUCGAGUAUUUAGAGUGUACUUGCUUAACAAACUGCCUUUCUUUGUGAGCGGCAAAAAGAGGAGGGGAAAAGCAGUGGAGCAGCGAGAGGAAUAAUGACUUUGAUGCCGUUAUCAACCCUUCUCAUCUGUGCUUUCACUCACAGCAAGGUAUUUCCAAAGCCCCGGAUCAGACAAAGUAAGGAUUGCGAAUCCCCGGGUUCAUGGUUUUUAUUGCAACUGCAAGUAAAAAAGGGGGCCAAAUGGUGACGUCAUCAUAAAAAUGCAACAUAAGAAAGGGGAAUUUCUUAAGAUAUUAAUGUAAGGAAAGUUCUGAAGGUGCAUUGGCUUGAUAAAACAAACAAAAGCAUUUUAUAGUUGUCCCAUCAUUAAACUAAAACGCAAAUUCUCAAGAGCAAUUUUAUCAGCCUUUUGAUAACUGGAAAACCAUGUGAGAUUGGGAAGUUUUAAUUCAGAAGCUUGUAGAUGAUAGGCAGUAUGUGCAUGCUGUUUUUAGAUAAUGCUGUUAAUAAUGCAGCAGAAAAAGCUUUUUUUGUGCCAGUUGUGAACGGGAUAAUCAAGCUUGCACCUGAGGACGCUUCACCCCAUCAGCUGUCCAUUAAAUGGUGCGUGUCCUUCAGAAAAGGGAUUUUGACAUGUCCAGUCCAUAUUUUUCAAAUAAUGGUGAUGGGGGGAGGCACAGCGCCAGAGAUCGUCUGAGGUAAUGAUGCUCUUUGCUUUUCCAUUAGGUUCGCUACGGAUGGGUGCACAGUGCUCAUUUAUUGCGAGCAGGCACAGAUACACACACACACACAUAAGCUUUCCUUCCCUCCCUCGUACUCCUGCUAGAAGGGUGAAGGGGGCUUGCACCCAAUCAUCAUGAUGCUGUGCAUCAGUGAGUCGUGCCUGCAGGAAGUGCAGUCGGUCCGGUUCUAGGGCAAACAGGACGCAGUAACACGCUGUUCACACUUUUGUCGAAAAGUAGAAACAAGGUGACAGAAAUUUCAGCGAUGGCUUCAGACUCCCCCGCUGGGCAACAAUUACACCUUUGGUCUGCAUCUCAAUUCACUCAAACCAUCUGCAGUGUUUUCUGAUCGCUAAGCUUUUUUCACUUACAGUCAAGCCGAGGAAUGUAUUUUUUCAGAGAGUCAGUAAAUGCUGACAGCAAUGUUUGAUAUAAUGUACCUCAUCUGACUCGGUCUAAUGCUAAGUGUCAUUGUGUGUGCUGUUUCUGUUGUAACGAUGGUCAAGGGCUCUUAUUGUCUCCUGAGGAAUGCCACAACAAGACUCUCUGUGCCUUUCAUUUCUGUCUCACAAAUAAGCACACAUACUGCUCUUUGUGUUUGAUACGCAUGUACAGAAUGCUUUAGAAACUGAAACAAUGGUUGAAAGUGACAAUGAAAGAGAGCAACAAGACCAUUUUUUAAACAAAGUGCAAAUGGUCCAUGUCUUGUACAUGUGCUGUAAGCUUGAUAUAGUUAUUGGGGUCCAAAAAUCCAAGACCAAUGGUGAAAAUUACGUUGUUUCGCAUUAUUUUCUAAAUUAAUAUAUUUUCCAUUAUAAAUUAAAUCAAAUUAUAUCAACAAAUUAUACCAUCAUAACAACUUAAGUGUAAAUUUGAAUGUCUGAUCACGUAUCACUUAUUUAUAAAUAGUGAAGAAUAAAUAUUCCUUCCCUGGUUUUUUGUUCUGAUGUUUAAUAUUUUUAUUUUCAAUAAAAAAAAAAAAAUCUCAAAAUUCCAUUAUGGUCUCAGACUUUUGAACUGUACUGUAAACAGUUGGCUAUGUUCACAAUGAAGUUGAAUGUUGCCCAAAUCUUAUUUUGAUCAUGUGACAUAUGGGUUUUUCUUAUUAAUAUAGUCAUUGUAUAACUAUGACAUCGAUUCAGACAUCUUCAACUCCUCUCUUGCAUAUUUUUGUAUGUAAAUGGUAUUUUUAUC